AUGACCAGUUUCAACCUAACAUCUUUGUCCCUUUCAUACAAUGAAACUACUUUUUCCAACAACAGCAACAGUAAUGAUGACACAAAAUCGAUUGUGUAUUAUGAAUUAGAACUAAAUGUUUUGUUUGUAUUAAUAAUUAUAAUUUGCAUUUUGGGGUGCUGGGGGACUGGAAAUGUCAUCUGGUUGCUUGGCUUCUGUAUUAAGAGGAGUCCUUUUACCGUGUACAUCCUGAACCUCGCCAUUGCUGACUUUGGCUUACUCACAGUUGAAUUGAUUAUAGAAGUAGUUUGGGCUGUAGGAGGUCUGAAGGAGAGCCUUCUGCAUGUGUUCCUUGGUGAUGUUUUCCAAUUCAUGUACAAUGCCGGUCAGUUUCUGCUGACAGCUAUCAGCCUUGACAGGUGUGUGUCUGUCCUGUUCCCACUUUGGUACCGAUACCACCGGCCGCCAUAUUUGCCAACCGUUGUGUGUGCGUUAAUAUGGAUGUUUUCCUUCCUUCUCCCUGGAAUUCACUUCAUUGUCUGCCUGACUUUUAAGGGAAAACAGGAUCUCAUAAAAUACUAUCAGUAUACUUUUAAUGGCUUCUUUUGCCUACCACUCAUGACUAUCUCUACCCUGAUCCUGUUUAUCAAGGUCUGCUUUAAAUCACAACAACGAAAACGGGGGAAACUACUAAUGGUUAUCCUGCUUACUCUGUUCUUCUUCAUCUUUUUUUCUUUUCCAAUGAAUGCCUAUUACAUGAUCAUUUAUAUUUUUCAUUCACCAGCGCCCUAUUCCUUACCUUAUUGCUACUUAAGCACUGCUCUGAACAGCAGUGUGAACCCUUUGAUAUAUUUCCUGAUUGGGAGACAGAAAAGAGGCACGCCUAGGGAGAGCAUGGAAGCCAGGCUCCAGAAUGUUUUCAAAGAAGAAGAAAACUCUACAAAGUAA